AGAAGAAAACCUACAGUCAUAUAGAGCAGUUUUAAGAGACGACUCCAAAAAGGCAAAUAAUUUUAUCAGAAGAAUGGAGGUACUUGGAUUGUAUCAGAAGUUUAUGUUUGUAGCGGUUGUGGGUCUGGCUGUCUUGGCUGUGGUGAGGUCGUCCCCGGUGGUGGGGCCCGAGCCCAUCCGCUGUGCCACAUGUACGCAACAGAAGAUGAACGACUGUCCUGCAAUCCCAACUGACUGUAAGCAGGUGCUGAGAGAGCCUGGCUGUGGCUGUUGUAUGGCCUGUGCUCUGGAGAAAGGGGCUUCCUGUGGGGUUCACACUGCCCACUGUGGAGAGGGUCUCCGCUGCAUUCCAAGGCCCGGUGAGGCCAGACCACUCCAUGCUCUGACGAGGGGACAGGGAGUCUGCAUUGAAGAUGAGGGCCAAGAAGAAGCUGAUGGAGUCCAUGAUCAUGGAUCCCUGCACUACCUGUUGGGUCUGAACUUUCCGUUUGACCUCCAAGAUACUGCUGAGGGCCAAGAGAGUAUCAAAGCCAAGGUCAAUGCCAUCCGCAGCAAACUCGUACAGCAGGGUCCCUGUCACAUUGAACUGCACGCAGCUCUGGAUAUGAUAGCCAGCUCUCAGCAGAAACUAGGAGAUAAAUUCACAACUUUCUACCUCCCCAACUGCGACAAGUACGGCUUCUACAAGGCAAAACAGUGUGAGUCAUCUCUGGUUGGACCUCCUGCUCGCUGCUGGUGUGUUUCUUCUUGGAAUGGCAAGAAGCUCCCAGGAGCGAGUGACCUUACUGGUGAUGCAGAGUGCCAUCAAGAAGUCACUCCCUGAAGGAUGAACGCACUCAUAAACCCACAAAGUAACUUAACUUGAGAAAAAUGGACUGAUUAUGUAAAAUCUUACAAGUGAAAAUGUCCUAUAUUAUUUACAUGAUGUAUAACAGACUUAUUUAUUCUCUACUUGUACAGUUUUCCUCACAUUAUCCAUUUGUCAUUUUUAGAUUA